UUGGCUUUAUCGGCGAUAGUCAACAGGUAGAGUGCCGCGAUCGCAGCUCAUCAGUCUCAAUUCAGGUGUUAUGCAGUGUAUCUGGCAAAAUGACUGCCUCUCCUAGUAGUAGUCAUCUGGCCUCAAAUAGUGCAAUCUGAGAGAUACCCUCCCGAAAAUGCAGUGAUCGUGGUAAUUGAGUCCUCUGGCCAAGAUCAACGCUAAUCGACUAUCUGCAAAGUUUAAUUGCGUCCGCGGUUGAGUUGAUACCGAAGCAGUGAUAGUGUCCGAUGCAAUUACCUGCGGUGCACCGAGCGUGUAAUCAAUUUAACUGGUACUAUCGCCCCGAAUGAUAUAUUCAUAGAUUCAUCUUGAAUUUUUGAGGAAAAUAAUUAAUAUUAAUAAAGCGAUAGUAAAUCUUCAUUGAAAGUGAAAAGCGCUUGUUAUAUAUGUGAAGUUUUCUCUCCAAAAAAUGCUUUAAUAAAAUUCCAGUUUCAUUGUUUUUUGUUUUGACCAGUAAUUUUGCCUCCACCAAGACCCGGAGUCAUUGUGAACUUUGUUAGUGACAAAAUUUUUACAAAAAUCGUAAAAAGAAAGAAAUUCAUAAUUAGUGCAAGGCCAGCCGAGAUACCCCUCGAGUGACUUGAGAAAGUCCGCGGAUUUUAAGAUAUAAUUAAACUUAUAACACCUAUCGUGGUGGCAGCGAGAGGUCUAUUCGAAAUCGAGGUAAACCGUGUAUGCAUUGCUGCUAACCAAUUAACUGUGAGCGUGGCUAAGUGCUAGCCAAUCUAUCUAAUUCGAAUGCCACUCACCGCCAGAUACAAUUCAGACAAACUCGCGCCUGAUAUUUAUGCGACGCUAAGGAAAAUGCAGAAAUUCAUGGUGGUCAAGAAGUAUAAUGUGGAGCGACCGGAAAUUCAACCCGAGCCCGCCAAGGUCAAGAUGAGUGGCUACUUGAAGAAGAAACGAAGCAAAAUGGGUGGUUGGCGUAAAAUGUGGUUCGUUCUUCAAAAUCAUCUUCUGCUUUCUUACCCAACGAAAGAGGAAUAUGAUAAAGGCCUAGGAACCUUCAAGGAUGUUCUCAAUUUAGUCCCUGGGACCCAAGUUCGACCAUUGGGCGGAUUUCGAUUUACCAUAGAAACAACAACUAAUACAAUUUAUACUUUCCGUUGUGAUGACAGCAAAACUUGUACGGGGUGGAUUACUGCAUUAUUGGAAAGUCUCUCAAUCAAACCUGAGCCAAAACCGAAGGAAACUAUUGUUGAAAAAAUUCCAAAAUUCCAUACCUCCUUGAAUGAUAUCAGUGAAGUUGAACCGAAGGAAGUAGUGCGAACGAGUACAAGUUGUGAGUCAAUUUACCAAAUUAAGAACGACACCUUGAACCCAAAGUCACCCAAAAUUCCGAUCGCCCAAAAUACGGCCAGAAUAUUGGAGAGAAACGGAGUGCCAACAAAAAAGAUGAGUAAAUUGCAGCAAAUCGACGAAGAAGUCGAGAGUCCCAAAAGAGCCCGGAACUUCCGCCUGCAUGAGCGUAGCCAUUCAGUGAAUCAGUCCGACGAGGUGUCCCGGAUCAAUCAAAUGUUCCGCAGGAGCAUCUCGACAUCAGUGUUGAAUCGUCGUCCUGAAUCGAGUUCACGAAGUGGCGGUAGUCAGAGCAGUUCGUCGGCAUCGAGUCCUUUUGAGGAGCCUUCGGCUCGUAGUAAACUGAUCUCGAAUGUGCUCCUUGUGAAGCAGUUACAGCAACAUUAUAAACGUAUGAAAUCCGUGAACGACGCGACUACAACGACCACGGCAAGUAGUGAGAACAAUAGUGUGAACAGUGAAAGGAAGUACAAGUGCAAGCGGUGCUGCAACAAAGGACACAAGCGUGACCAUAAUCAGAACAACAUGAUAGCGGAUUGCGAUAGGACACUUGAAAACGAUGUGCAACGACUUUCACUCAACGAUAAAAGUGCCUAUGACUCGACGACAAUGCACAAUGGAGAGAACGAUGCCAUGAAGGAUCUUCCGACGUCAUCGCCACGACGUAGACGACGACAAUGUCCCAAUCAUUCACCUUUUCAUCAUCAGCAUCACCAUUGCCGUCAUCAUUACCAUGGAGUCGAUGACGGUGGUUUCGAUCCUGAUACUGGAGUCGACGCCGACAACGAAGAUGCCGAUGGGGAUGGUAUGUUCGUUGCCAAUAGUGAUGGCCGGGAUAUAAUGAUGAGUGGAACCCCACGCCUGUCAUUAUCCUCCGACAAUGUAAAUAGGCUUGAACCCAUUUAUGCAGUUGUUGACCUUAAGAACAAGUAUGCCCAUCGGGCGAAAAUGCGCCAACUCGAGGAACAAAUGGAGCGGGAACGGCCCAAAAGUGUUCAUGUUGUCUCCAGUGACUAUGAAGAGGUCCUGAAUUUCUCUCAUGAAUCCGAGGAGGAGGACGAUGACAGUGAGAACAUAUACGAGCCGAUUAACAUUCCAGAAACGAUUCAACAACGUCAAACCCUAUGGAGGUAUUUUCCAAAAUUUAAUAUCGAAGCAUUGAUGGAGAUGGCGAAAACUCGGAAAAAGGUAGCACCAGGACCAGAGCAGUUCCGGACUCAUAAUCAUCUUUACAAUGCACUCGGCAAUCCGCAGCUCACUCAACCGUCGCAACCUCAUCACCCCAGUCAUCAUCAAUCGGCAUUUUCUGAUAUUCGAAAAAAGUUUGGAUACCAUCGUAAAUCCAUUAAAAACCGCAUGAAGAGGUUCUACUGGAAGGAUACAUCCUCAACUUCCACUAAUGAUCAAUCAAACGGACAGCGCAGUAACUUUUUACCCCGUAGAACCAAUGAGAGGAACGCCUACAGUGACGACGAACUGGACAGCCAAGGAGCUACCAUUUCCAACUCAGAAACAUCCGAGGGAAGCCUAAAACUCCAUUGCGACCCCAACAUCGAGAAAGGCGACCACGCCCAGGAGAACAGAAGCCGUCCUGCCAACGAUAGAACUUGUAGUCACAAACCGACCGCUUCCUUCGUCCUCAAUGAAAUUGAAAAAUACCGGCGGGGGGAGCGACACUUUUUCGGAAGUUUGUCACGCCUGAAGAAAACCCGGACUUCCUUGUGUCUUGAUGAUGACACGAAUUCCAAUAAAAAGAAGUUUUUCGCAUUGGCCGCACCGAAAAGCUCACCAUGUUUCCACCAUGAGCUGAGAAACGAAUUAUCACGAAGAAAUGGAGCAAAAAUUGACUCUUAAGGAGGGGGUCAGGAGCGAAUAAUUAGAAUUUUCUAGUACGGUAAAACCAUAGUUUGUAGCCGACAUUUACUGGUUUUUUAAAGUAGACAUUUUUGACUUUGCGAUUGCAAUGCAGAAAUUUUGUGUGCCAUAGAAAAGGAAAAUCUGUCAACUCGUCUUUUAAAUGCAAAUUCAAUCUAUUCAGAGAUAAUCUUGUUAUUUAUUGUGUGAUUUAUGUACCAAAUAACUGAUGAAUUUAUAAUAAAAAUUUACAAUAUGUAGA